AUGUCGCAAGAACCUACAAAUAUGUCUGGGACAGCCACACCCAUUGAUAAUGGGUCGCUUCUCAAGGAAGAAAAGGAAACCGAAUCCUUAGCUCAACCAAUCACCACCAAAAAAUCUGGUUGGUCUGAACAUCUUACCACAGCCAUCUUUUGUUUAUUGGUGGCCUUCGGUGGGUUCGUUUUCGGUUACGACACCGGUACCGUUUCCGGUUUCGUUAACAUGGAUGAUUUCAAGAAACGGUUUGCUACUCACCAUGCCGAUGGUACCUACAAAUUCUCCGAUACUCGUGUCGGUUUAAUGAUUGCCAUUUUGAACAUUGGUUGUGCCGUCGGUGGUAUUGUUUUAUCCAAAGUUGGUGAUAUGAAAGGUAGAAGAUUUGGUAUCUCCACAGCCAUGUCCAUUUACAUUGUUGGUAUCAUUGUUCAAAUUGCUUCUCAGCACGCUUGGUAUCAAAUUAUGAUUGGUCGUUUGAUCACUGGUUUUGCCAUUGGUAUGGUUUCUGUUCUUUGUCCUUUGUUCAUUUCCGAAACCUCUCCAAAAGCCAUCAGAGGUACCUUGGUUGUUUGUUUCCAAUUGUUCAUCACCCUCGGUAUCCUUAUCGGUAACAUUGUUGGUUAUGGUACCAAGUCUUACAGUGACUCUGUCUCUUGGAGAGUUCCUCUUGGGUUAUGUUUUGCCUGGGCCUUGUUUUUGUUGUUUGGUAUGUCCUUGAUGCCUGAAUCCCCCAGAUACUUGAUUGAAAAGAACAUGAUUGAAGAAGCCAAGAAGUCCAUCGCCAAGUCUAACAAGCUUUCUCCUGAAGACGCUCUUGUCUAUGAAGAAAUCCAAUUGAUCCAAAACGGUAUCGACCAGGAAAAGUUGGCUGGUAGUGCUAACUGGUUAGAAUUGAUCACUGGUAAGCCAAAGAUCUUAUACAGAGUCAUCAUGGGUAUUAUGUUACAAAGUCUUCAACAAUUAACUGGUGAUAACUAUUUCUUCUAUUACGGUACCACCAUUUUCAAGGCUGUCGGUUUGUCUGAUUCCUUCCAAACCUCUAUCAUCUUGUCUGCUGUUAACUUUGGUUCCACCUUCCUCGGUAUCUAUCUUAUCGAUAGAUGGGGAAGAAGAAAGGUGUUGAUGAUGGGUUCCGCUUGUAUGUUCCUUGCCAUGCUUGUCUACUCCAUCUUGGGUUCCGUCAGAUUAUACAUUGGUGUUCAAGGUGACAACUCAAACACCAGAAAGCCUGUUGGUGACGCUAUGAUUUUUGUUACUUGUGUCUACAUUUUGUUCUUUGCUUCUACCUGGGCUGGUGGUUGUUAUGCCGUUGUUUCUGAAUCUUAUCCAUUGAGAAUCAGAGCUAAGGCUAUGUCUGUUGCCAUUGCUGCCAACUGGUUGUGGGGUUUCUUGAUUGCCUUUUUCACUCCUUUCAUCACAUCUGCCAUCCAUUUCUACUAUGGUUUCGUCUUUGCUGGAUGUCUUAUCUUCUCUUUCUUCUAUGUCUACUUCUUUGUCUAUGAAACCAAGGGUUUGACCUUGGAAGAAGUUGACAUGUUGUACGCUUCCGAUGCUAAGCCAUGGAACUCCCACAAUUGGGUUCCUGAAGAACAAAAUGUUGAUGUUGCCUUCAUCAAACAAGAACCAUCUGUUUAA